AUGACUUUUUGUGAUAGUAGUCUAAUUCGAGGUUUCAAUGGUGCAAUGGUUUUUUCAUCGAGUGAUGGAUCAUUACGAACAGAGUUUAUUAAUGAUCUUUAUCCUGAUGCACCUACGCAAUUUAAAACAAAAGAUACAAAAGGAAAUAAUAUUCGUCAUCCCACCCAACCAUAUACAGGUGGAACUCAUUAUGAUCUUGUCAAUUAUUAUCGUGGCAAAUUUUCAAUAGGCAAUGCUUAUAUACUACCUGAUGAUCAUCUUAGUUCACAUGGAACCACUGAUAAACGAAUCUUUGUGGAUAUUUAUUAA